UAAUAUAGAUACACCUAUUCAACCUAGAGAUCAGUGCAAUAUGACGUGGGCAUUAACUCUGUGCAUACUUGGUGGCGCUUUAGUAUCACUGACUUCAGGAAGCACUCAAGAAGAAUUGUACCGGUGUCCUGUUAAUAUUCAACGAGGUCAGUAUCUUCACACUCACGGAGACAAAUGUUACGAAUUCGUUACAACUCGUAAAAAUCACUGGCAAGAAGCUAGAGCCUAUUGUCAAAAUAAUGGUGGCGAUCUACUGACUGUUAAAGAUGAUGUCGUUGAAGAAUUUAUUGUUGGCGUCUUGCGGUCUCUAAAUUUCUAUAGUGGAGUUUGGAUCGGUUUGACGGAUGUACAGAAAGAGGGCGAAUAUCGCUGGGUCACUGGCGAGGUUUCAUCCUAUUACAAUUGGUCACCAGGGGAACCUUCUCUUUUCCUUCACAACUUUGAAGACUGUGUCGUUUUAAAGAUGGACGCUGGACGGUGGUUAGACGCUCCGUGUGAACUUCCCCUCGAUUCCUACCCUUGGGUAUGUGAAUACGCAUUACAGCCAGCUACAACAACGACCACUAAAGCAAUACCGACAACAAUUAAAAUGGCGACACAUUCAACUGUCAAAAAAUUAACACAAGCAACCACGACCUCUAAACCGACAACUGUCAAGAAGGUAACACAUGCACCCACGACCCCUAAACCGACAACCGUCAAGAUGGCGACACAUGCACCCACGACCCCUAAACCAACAACCGUCAAGAAUGUAACACAUGCACCCACGACCCCUAAACCGACAACCGUCAAGAUGGCGACACAUGCACCCACGACCCCUAAACCAACAACCGUCAAGAAGGUAACACAUGCACCCACGACCCCGAAACCGACAACCGUCAAGAUGGCGACACAUGCACCCACGACCCCUAAACCGACAACCGUCAAGAUGACAGUAACAGGAAAACCAGGAAAAGAUAUUAUAGGCUGAAGCAGUCAUAUUACCC